UCCUUUUCAGGCAUGAUCAGGAUCAGAUGCCGGCACAGGCUGCACAGCUGGCAGGCCCCGCAGUCCUCCAGGAGUUCCAAGUUUAUCGUAGCUGCCUCUCUCAUAUCCAUACCAACCUCCAAGCCAUAACUUUUCACUUAACAAUGCCGAAAUUCAUCGUCUCUCUUCAGUCCGGUGCAGACAUCGAGGCUGCCAAGCGAGACAUCGAGAAGCAAGGCGGAGUUAUCAUCAGCUCUUUGCCAAUUCUUGGGAUGAUCACUGUCCAGAUGUCUGACGAAGCCGUUUCGUCACUGAAAUCACUCAAUAGCGGUAUAGCCUCAGUUGAACUUGACCAAGUAGUUAGAAUCCAGACUUGAUCCAGACAGUCUUGUGGCAUUGACAUAUGCGACCAUGGAACAGGACACUGGGAUACGUAUAUGAUAAUUUGUUGUAGGAUAUGAAUGAGUGGAGACAGACCUGUACAAGUCAUUAUUUGAGCAUGUGGAAGAACUACUAGAAUGAUUGCAGCGGAGUGAUAAGUUU